AUGCUAUGUGCCUUCAGUUUUCUAAUGGCACGGGUGGAAACCCACUCAAUUAGGUAAUACUAUAUGUUACUGAAAUGGGACAGCUUCUAUACCACUAUGUAGUUCAUGAGUUUCCAAAAAAGGAUUUACCUCACCAUCUACACUUUUUUCCGCCACAAGCCGUUGAUGUUAGAAAUGAAACACUCAAAACUGGAGUAAAUCUAGUCACUCUUUGUCUUUGUUUUAUCGGACCGUAGUGGUCUUCAGCUGGCUUCUGAAUCAUUCUCUCGAAUGUUCACUUGCUGUUGCCCUUUCCCCCCAACCAUACGAUAUUAGAGAUUCUAACUGAAGAAUGAAAUGCUUCUUUUGUAAGUGAGAAUGUAUUAUUGGGCAUUGGGCUUAUAUUCAUCUUGCAAAUAGUUAUGCUUAUGUGCAGUUAAUUUGGGCCUGUACCAACGAAUUCCUGUGUACCAAGAAUGCUGCGAUUCCUGAUUAAAAGAUGUUCGGAGUUCUCAAAGGAGUAAGAAAAAAAAUAAGGCUGGUGAAAAAGAACAAAUGAAAACACUACAUGCAAAUAUGCUAUGUCAAAUUAUUAUACUCGGGUAAUUUUUUGAUUGCAUGUUUCUAAUUUACGUAGUUAUGCUAAGUGGCAAACAAUUGUGAAAGAAAAUGUUUAACGUGCGAAGCACAUGCUACUUGCUAGUACAAUUAAGGGGGGCACCAGUUGCUUAGUCUCUCACCGUCUCAUAUGUGGAAGUUAAAUUAUUGCGCAUGAUCUGCAUGAAUGAGAGGAUAAAUGUGAGCGUUAGCUCCUAAACUAAUGAAUAUGGACUGCUUUUUGGCUACGUGUGACCUUAUUCUGUACUUUAUAUUUGUAUUGGUUCUGACAUAUCUUAAAAUUUCUCUUGUACAGUGGUGAAAAGCCAUCUGGGAAAGAAUGGAGUAGCUUAAUUGAAAUCAAGGGGAGAGUUAAACUUAGUGCUUUUCAAGAUUUUCUCGAACAACUUCCCAAAUCUAGGAGCCGCGCUAUAAUGGUAACUGAGCUGUGCUGGAAGGAGUGUUCGUCGGAGAGUGGCCGCCAACAACUCUCGCAGACAAUUGAUUCAUAUAUUGCAGAUGAGAGAGUGGGACUAGCUGAGCCUGCAGAUGGACUGGAGCUGUACCUGUGUCCCCCUCAAGGGAAAACUGUGGAGAUUCUCUCCCAGCACCUGCCAAAGGAGCACUUGGGUGGUCUCGCUGUGGCAGAAACAUCGAUAAUUGGAAUCGUCGUCUGGCGGAGACCCAGCGUUCCUAGGGUGUCCUCCCAUCAGAGGCAUGAUGGUUCCAAGAGGCAGUCAGCCCCAAGGAAACCCCAGGUUACCGGUUCUACUUCGGCCCAUAGGCCCUCCGCGCCCCAGAACUCUCACGGCGUGCCACCAGGUUUUCCCAACCAGCAGCAUCACCAGCACCAAGAGGAGGAUGUAACUGAUGACGAUGUGCCCCCGGGCUUUGGGCCUGGCGUUGUUGCGCGCAGGGACGAAGACGAUCUUCCUGAAUUUAAUUUUGUUAACCCUGCUGCUAAUGUAACGACGCAUGCCUUCAAGGGCCAACGGCAUGUAGCACCGACCUCUGCUCGCCCAGUCGAGCAAAUGAGGGAAUUGGUUCAGAAGUAUGGUAAAAGAUCAUCUGUUGAAUCGCGUCCUUGGGCUGACGACGACGACGAUGAUAUACCAGAGUGGAACCCCAUCCAGCAAAGUAGGCAGCCGCUGUCAUUUACACCCACCCCGCAGCAACCACUCCCACCACCACCACCACUACCGCCCAUGCAGCAGAUCCACCAUGCGUACCAGCAGUACAACCCAAAUGCAAUGCAGCCUCUCCUUCCCCAGGUUGCAAUGCAGUACAGCCUUAGUAGCCAGCAGCAGCUCCCUUUGGUCCAGCAGCAGCUUCAGCCUUCGCAACCAUGGCAGCAGCAGCAGCCUAGUGCCUGGUGGCCGGCGACGGCGCAGCAGGGUGGGUCGGCCGCCGCCGGCUCUGCUGUUCCAGCGCCCCAGUAUGGUGGUGUGAUAAUGCCUAAUGGUAGCAGCGCCCAAGCUGGGAACCUAGGUGGCGCCCCCUGGGGACCGAGAUAGAAAGGAACUUGUAAAAUUUAGCUCUCUUGUUUUCUUUGUAGCUGCCAGCGUCAGUUUUAGUGUUGGUUUCUUUUCCUUCUUCUAGCUUACAGAUUCGUGUAAGUAUGUGUACACCCCUCUUGUACCCGAGCAUGUAACUCUAGAUGCCUGUGUGGGUUGUAUUCGUAAUAAACAUCAUAGGAUCCGUCGUUCUGAA